AUGAAGCCACACUUGGUGCUCACCCUCCUGUUCGGACCGUUAUGCACAGCUGCAGACGAGAACAUCAAGGUAGACGCCUUGGAAAAAAACAACCCUGAUCUCGCCUCCAUCCCCAACCUGGUCUGUCUCCUGCUAUUCCUCCUCGUCGCUGCAUACAAACUACGCAAGAGAAUGCUCACCGCGACAACAACCACUUUCCCCCAGCUAACCCGUGAAUCACAGUCCGGGUCUGUUGUCACUUCACUAGAGCAGUUCUCAUGUAACCCUGAUACCCCUCGUCAUGUCGAAGCUAAAAAGAAGCUGGAUAAGAGCAUGGCGAUAGGAUGGGGGGUUUGGAACGCUCAACAUCCAAGACAUCGGCUGCUCGAUGCAUUGUAUGGAUACAGGAGAUACCAUGAGCGUCAGAAAGCCGAACUUGACCGCUUUGAGGGUCUUUAUAAGCAUGCUUCUCGAGCUCAAAGAUCUUUACUAGAGCAUCAAGUCAACUACUCCAAAAAGUUCGCCCGCAUAGACGCUCUUUUGAAGAAGAACCAAGAGCUCUGUGAUGCCAUAGUUCAAAAUGCCAUGAAAUUUUACGGCAUCGAUGAGGAAGAGCUUCAAAGGCAUAUGAGUGCUGCACAGUCUGCAGGGAGGCUUGUGGAUAAGAUUUCCGUAUCUCAAGCUUUGAAGCAUUAUGUUCGAGACUGGACAGAAGAGGGAGAGUCUGAGAGGAAGGAAACUUUCACUUGUCUCAUGAAAACGCUCCAGGGACUGUUUCCUGUGAGAGAUGAUGAGAAUCCGGUCAAGAUUCUUGUCCCAGGAUCGGGAUUGGGUCGACUCGGACAUGACAUCGCAAGACUUGGAGGAUUCGAGGUGACUGUGAACGAAUGGUCCAUGUACAUGAACAUCGCCUACCGCUUCAUUGAAGCCAACCGCGCUCAAAACACCCACUCACUCCACCCCUUCAUCGACGGCUGGUCCCACCACGCCACAGAAUCCGACAUGAUUCGCGAACUCACCUUCCCCGACACAUCCCUCAACUCAACAUCCGUAGUCCUCACCGAAGGCGACUUCACCACCGUCUUCAACGACAAAACCCACUACUACGACAUAAUAGUAACAUACUUUUUCAUCGACACAGCCCGCAACUUGAUGAGCUAUCUCGACACCAUCAAAAAGGUUCUGAAACCGGGUGGGCACUGGGUGAAUCUUGGACCAUUGCUUUACGGAACUGGACCGUUUGUGCAGUUGACGUUGGAGGAGAUUGUGCAGGUCACUGAGGCGAUGGGGUUUGAGUAUCUUGAUACGGAUGAGAGUUGUGGGCCGUUGACGUUUGAGGGGAGGACGCUAAGAAGUAUGGAGGCUGUUUAUGGGUUUAACAAUAAGGCUUUGACGAAGAGUGCGUAUAAUGCGCAGUUUUGGGUGGCGAGGAGGUCCAUGAAACCAUAA